AUUCUUGUUUCCAGACUCAGAGCUGCUAAUAUGCUAUUAGUUGGACUGAAAGGCGUUGGUGCAGAGGUCUGUAAAAAUGUUGUAUUGUGUGGAUUGAAAUCUUUGACGCUAUUGGAUCAUUCAGUUGUCAGUGAUGAGGAUGCUUUUUCACAAUUUCUUGUAUGUAGGACUUCUGUUGGUAAAAACAGAGCUGAAGCUUCCGUACAGAGAUCUGCAGAGCUAAAUCCCAAUGUGAAAAUUAUAGCUGAUACUGACAAUGUUGAGAACAAACCGGACGAGUUCUUCACCACUUUUGACCUAGUGUGUGUGACUUGUUGUAAUCUGCAGACCAUGUUGAGGAUUAAUGAUAUCUGUCGUCAAAAUAAAAUCAAGUUUCUUGCUACCGACGUCUUUGGUUAUUAUGGGUAUAUGUUUUCAGAUCUUGUGGAUCAUGAAUUCGUUGAGGAGAAAGCAAUGGUGAUGAAAAAGGAUGAUGAAGAAACAAAGAAAACUAAAGUUGAAAAAACUGAAACUCUCACCGUGAAAGGGUCAACGAAAUUCUGCAGUUUGAAGGAUGCACUGAAUGUUGAUUGGAAAUCUGAAAAGCUUCACAAAUCUUUAAAAAAGCUAUCUAGCGUUUAUUUCAUCAUGCAAGUUCUCCUGAGAUUUAGAGGCGAAAUUGGUAGAGAUCCCGACAGAGAGCAUUUAGAAGAUGACUGCAGUAAACUUCUGAAAAUCAGAGACCAAAUUAUGGAAAAAAUAGGGGUUCCCAAGGACAAAGUCGGUGACGAUUUUGCCAGUGUCUGUGCUGGUGAACUCGGUCCAGUGUGCGCUGUUGUUGGUGGCAUAGUUGGUCAAGAAGUUAUAAAGGCAGUCUCUGGGAAAGAUGCACCUCACAACAAUUUCUUCUUCUUCAAUGGCACAGAAAGUAGUGGUAUUGUCGACCAAAUCGGAACUUGUUAGCACUUUCUUAUAAAAUGUAUUUUUCUAUAAACAAACAUUUCUGUGUCGGUUCAUAAUACC